AUGGCAGGCAGCUUCCUUCGUCCACUGGCAAUCCUACUGGUAGUUUCUCAGCUCAUCUUCUGGAGUGUUACCUCCUCAUCAAGUAAAUCCACAAACUUGCGGACUGAAGAUCAUCUAUUUUAUAAUAGUCAAGAUAUGUUAUCUUCUGAUCAGAACACCCAUCACCAGACAAUCACAAAGCAAGGUGCCGGGAGGGAGAAUUUAGAGUACAAUGAUUAUUCAGGAACAGGAGCCAAUGACCGCCAUACCCCUGACUCCCCUUCUGGCCCGGGGCAGAAUAAUUAA